AUAAAUUCAAGAACCCCUAGGCCGCAAGGCCCGCAAGAUUUAUGUUCCUCAAUUGCUCACACUAUUGAACUACAAGUCUAUGACCAGACGACUAGAGUUGCUGGAGGUAUUAGUGCGGUAGUGGAGAACGCGUCUAGGUAGGCAUUAAAGCUGAUGUAGUAUAACAGAGAGAUGAUACUGCUUACCUGUGCACCUUAGUUUUUUGUCUGUUUGAGUAAGCUCCUAUACUGUAAGCCAAGGUAGGAAGAAAGUGCUUUGUUUGUUGUUGGGGAAGAAAUUGUAAAGAUUAUCGUUCAUUCUCUUGAUGCAAAAACUAAGAUCUGAAGGUAUUCUUCUGAUUCAUCAGCCAUCUGAUCCUUCACUGCCGAUUCAGAGUAGUCUCUUUACGAAGUAUCUCUCCUUUAAGCCAGUGUCGUUUAGCUAUAGCUAUAGCACCUAUAGGUAACACAUCACAUUGCAUAGAGUUUUUAAGUAUUAAAUCUGUUCCGAGUAAGUUGCCACUAGCCACAUAUUCCUGUAACCAGUUUUGACCGGAAAUCAGUUAGGUUAUGGUUACAUUCUCACAUACAGUCAUACUCAUACAUACUGAAGGCAUGACACUGGUUAUCUAUCUGAUCAUCAAUAUUAACAAUGCAUAAAUCCCACCAUUGUUACGACCAUAUAAAGCGUUUACUUGUAUAUUGACUAUAUAUUGUACGGAGUAUGUAACAUACUCUCUUCAUCUGUCACAUUCUCCAACGCGCAUUGAGGUAUAAGUGUAUAACUUACAAGCACACCCUUUAUUGAACAAUCUGUACCUUUAUUGAUAAUUUAAUUAUGUUGCUCUACCCAAAAAAAAUGUUACUCUCCCAAGAAAAGUAAAAAAAAAAAGUGUAGAAAGCGGCUGUGAGGAAAUCCAAGGAAAACGAUUAGAUUCCCAUUGAAUGACGUCAUAAAACCUGAGUAAACGCACGUUUAUGACUACUUGACACCUCACUCCCUUUCCCUCGUAAAUCUCAAACCUAUAAAACGACACCGUCUUCUCCGCCGUGCUAUCUUUGUCUUUUUUCAAAUUCCCAUUUUACCCCCCUUCUCUCUCCCUCAUUCACUUCAAAUUCCAGGAUCAUUUUGGGAAAUCAAAAAAAUUCUCUCUCCUAAAAUUACCCCUCCUCUGAAAAAGUCACGUGCUAACUGUGGUCUGUUUAUACUGUAGUCCUUUGCUCUGUUUCUCCUCUUCAACUCCACUAUCUUCCUGCCACAUUGUGAAUGCACCAUUUACGACGUCGUUUUCCUUAUUUGUACAAUUUGCAGGUACUAGCUUUAGACUCUACUACUAGUAUCAGCUGAAAAUAUGGUUGAGCUUAUUUUGCAAAGUUUAUAUAACAAAAACAAUUAAAAUUAAAAAAAAAAAAUUUCUUAAAGAGGAAAAAAUGGCGGAGCAGCCGAUGCCAAAGUCACCUCCUAGUUUGUACGCCAAGCGCCGCCACCAAGCUAAACUUCAGGUUUUGGAGAGAGAAAUUGGUUUCCUCGAGGAAGAGUUGAAGUCACUUGACAACGUUCAACCUACUUCUAGAAGCUGCAAAGAGAUCAAUGACUUCGUAGCAACAAAACCAGAUCCCUUGAUAACUGUAAAUCAGCAGAAGUCUAGUCAGUCAGACUGUUCGUGUUCAUGGAGAAUUAGGGGAAAAUCGUGUUUUAAAUCAUCGUGGAUUUGCUGUUUCAGUGGAUGCUGUCGAUCAGAUAAGGAGCAUCAUCAUCAGCAACCACGAAAAAGUUGCUGUUGCUCGAGGAAGAGUUGUUGUCGUCUUAAAUGUUGUGGCAUAAAAGGUUGUUCAUGUUUUCCUCAGAAUUGUUGCUUAUUCAAGUUGUGCUCUAGUAAUUGUUGUUGUAAGGUAAAGCUUUGCCCCAAUUGUGUACCAAGUUGUUGUGGUUCUUGCUGCUAAAAAACAAUACAUUAAAUUGCAUUGAUUGCUCAUAAAUCAUGCUUAAGAAGCAAAUAUUCUCUCGAUGAUUUUCGUAUUCUGCGUUGAGAAGGGUAAUGCAGGAUUUUCCGGUGAAAUUUUCGCAUCUAUUCUUUUUUGUUGAAGAUAUAGCCAUUAUUGUAGCACUAUUGUUGUUUAGUUUGGUUGAAAACAUAUAAACACUUAUCGUUCUCACUAAA